AUGGCCAGCUAUAGGACAAGUGGGAAAUUCGAGUUCAAUAGCAAACGGACGCCUCCUUCUCAAAGGGCCUGUCGGUCUCUCUGCCCACCCAGGGAAUGCCAUCAUCCCCAUUCUGGCCUCUUGAAAUCCCACCUACCUCUCAAAACCUACCAGAGUGCCAGCUGCAGCUCAGUGAAUGGGACCAACAGCUGGCUCCACCAUACCUGCUGUGUGACCAUGGGCAAAGCACUCGACCACUCUGAGCCUCAGUUUGCUCAGUUUGCUCAAGAAGCGAAAAACUCUCUCCAGUGCCCCUUUCCCUUUGUUUUAACUUUCCACACAUAUGAGAGCAGUGGCUCUCUGAGCAUUAGAAUUCGCUUACAGCACAGAUCCCUGGGCUUCAUCCCGGAUUUCGGAUCCAGCAGCUCUGCGGUGGGACCCAAGAGUCUGUAUUUUAACAGCAUCCAGAUGGUGCUGAUGCUGCCGGUCCUGAACCACACUUGGAGAACAGCUGCUUUCCAGGUCCGCUCUGUUUCCAUUCUCUCUCUUGUCAGCAUCGGAAUUCCUCAUAUGCCUCUCAUUCUUGAGGCAGAGCCGGUCACCGGCCAGAAACUGCUUGGUGCCACCCAGAAGGCCUGGCCCGAAGCUCCGACAGUCCCACUCUCACGUCUGGUCCCGCCCAGAUCUUCCGCCUACGUCACCAGGCCCCGCCCCUUUCCCGCCCCAGCCCCAGUGCCGAUCUGCGCAUGCCUCUCCAGCCGAGCGCCUCCGAGUCUACCCCUGGAAACAAACUUGACGCGAACCAUGUCGCGACCCUCUCCUCCGGAGCCAGCCAGAAACAGUUUGAUAGAUGAUGCUAAAGCCCGCUUAAAAAAGUAUGAUGUUGGGAUCAAAUAUUCUCACUUGUCGUCUAAUAAAUAUUCCGUCCUUUUACCGUUGUUGGCUAAAGAAGGAAAACUUCAUCUGUUGUUCACCCUUCGGUCAGAGAAGCUAAGACGGUCCCCUGGUGAGGUAUGCUUCCCUGGAGGAAAGUGCGAGCCUACAGAUGUGGAUGAUGUGGCCACAGCUCUCCGGGAAGCCCAGGAGGAAGUGGGGCUGUGUCCUCAUCAGGUGGAGGUCGUCUGCUGCCUGGUGCCGUAUCUGCUUGAUACAGAUACAUUGAUAACACCAGUUGUAGGGUUUAUAGACCCCCACUUCCAGGCCCAGCCUAAUCCUGAUGAAGUUAAGAAGGUGUUCCUGGUGCCUCUGGAAUAUUUCUUGCAUCCACAUGACUACCACCAGAAUCACCUGACACAAUCUGGUCGUCAUUUUAUUAUUCAUUGCUUUGAGUACACAAACCCUGAAGAUGGUGUGACUUACCAUAUCAGAGGAAUAACUGCAAAAUUUGCUGUGUUCGUUGCCUUAAUUAUUUUGGAAAGAAAACCCACCUUUGAGGUUGAUUUUAAUCUCAACGAUCUAAUGUCAUCCUCUGAAGAGAUCUUCCUGAAGCUUCAUAAACAUGCAACAAGCAAGUUAUGAUUUAUGAAACCAACAAGCAAAUAACUAAGCAGCUUUUUUGUGUGGUUAUCCACAGAACAACAAUAAUGCCAGCUGGUGGAUUUUGACAGGCACGAAUAUUUUUCCUGCAAUCUGAAGGUAAACACCUUGCCUUAUUUCCACUUACUCUCUAUUAUCUGAAAGAGCAAGUCUUUCAAAAGUGGAAAAUGUGUUUUUAAUAUUGCAUAAUUUCACCCCUCAAUAUAUUAACACUAUUUUGUCUUACACAUGCAAGAAAAAAUAUCUGGCACAUAGGUACUUAAUAAAUAUUUGUUGAACAUA